CGGAGGCGUGUCCAGUUGAAGGAGGUGUGUCUCGAUACAGGUAGACGUGGGAAGGUAAGUAGAAGAUUGGCUCGUUGAAGAUGUGACGUGAUUUGCAGAUCAUCUGUGAUAGCAUGCAGGUACAGCAAGAACGAUCCGGGAGCUGCGAGGACCCUAUCUGAGUCAUCAAGGUGUUGAGGAGCUGCGACUUUAAAGCUUCGGUGUGUCCGACAAAUCCAACUCUUUUGCUUACAGCCUUGAGGAUUUUGCAACAACAUCAUGCCUGCUGUCUUGAUCGUCGGAGCCGGCGUCUUUGGAGCAAGCACUGCAUAUCAUCUUGCCUUAUCUUCACCCGACAUAGACAUUACAGUACUGGACCUAGCACCUAGUCCUCCAGCUCCAGCUGCCAGUACAGAUAUCAACAAGAUCAUACGAGCAGACUACUCAAACUUACUGUAUGCCGACCUCGCCUACGAAGCCAUAGAAGCAUGGCAGAACUGGCCAGAUAUAGCAGAUUGCUACCAUCGGACGGGUUGGCUUGCACUGCAAGAGAAAGAUUCCGAUCUCGCUGAACGCAUUCGAAGAGUCUUUUGCGAGAGGGGCCACGAUCCUGCUUCUGACGUCUCCUUAUCAGAGAUCGAGAAGCUGUACGGCGGCAUACUGAAAGGCACUAACACGAAUGGAUUCAAAGAUGCCUACUGGAACCCUGAAGCUGGAUGGUGCAAUGCCAGUAAAGCAACCUUCUCAAUCAUGAAUGCUGCCAUCAAGAAAGGCGUCAAGUACAUCUGCGGACAAGUCUCCCAACUCGUGCUCAACGACACCGAUGUCUCGGGCGUCAAAACAACCGAUGGUAGUACCUACACAGCCGACAAAAUCAUCUUAGCCACAGGCGCAUGGACAAGCAGUAUCCUCAACCCAACCGAAGAUCUCCUCUCCAUCCCCGUCGCAGACCGUGUCGAAAGUCAAGUCACCGCUGCCGGCGUCUGCGUCGCCCACUUCCGCAUGUCUACUCCCGAGAUGGAAUCUCUCUCCCAGAUGCCCGUCAUAGUCUACGGCGAAAAUGGCGAAGUAAUUCCACCACCACCUGCAUCAAACCUACUCAAGUUCACAAAUUCCAAAACAUUCACCAAUAUGCAAACCACUGCUUCCGGUCAAAGGAUUUCUAUACCACCGGAAAGAGAUCAACACAUCGUGUCCAAGAAGCUGCAGCAGGAGAUGUGGGACUUGAUGGUAUCGAAUGUGAUGCCGACUUUUACGGCAGGGAAGAAGGUGAAUUACUACCGUAUCUGUUGGGACAGCAUCACGCCGACUCAAGAUUGGCUGUUGACCAAACAUCCUCAUCCCCGUCUCAGCAAUCUCUAUCUAGCUGUAGGAGGAAGCUUCCACAGUUACAAAUUUUUGCCCACAGUAGGAAAAUAUAUGGUCAAUGUGUUGCACGGAGUGAGCAAUGGUGAAACCAGAGACAAAGCCUGGGCAUGGAAGAGCAGAGAAAGUCUGACUGGAAGGGGCGCCCACGAAGCUACCAAGCCAAAGAGAGACUUGAGUGAAUUAGAAGAUGUCGUUGCGAAGUUGUAGAUAAAUUACAUAUUCUGACCAUAGCUGUUGUAGCUGAGAAAGAUGAAAGAAGAAAUUGAUUACAAAAAAUUGCUGGAAACAUCACAAAUAAACCAUCGCCACCAAAGACCCCAGCGCAAUGCCCGCCCAAGAAAUAGCUAUC